GGCCUAUUCGCAUGCUUUUGCUACGGCAUUCACUGUGUGACGAUACCAAAUUGGACCGAUAGUUCACUUACGACUAGCAGCGGGACAAGGAGCAAAGAGAGCGCCAACAGAAACCAGCUUAUAUCCCGCGAUCGAACAAGCUGAAGCUCGUCGACCAAGAUGCUGUUCGUCGACAAGUACAGACCAAAGCAAAUGUCCGAGCUGCACUACCACGAGCAGCUCAGCCAGCGUCUAACAUCCCUCGCCGCGCAUGAAGACUUUCCGCACAUGCUCUUCUACGGGCCAUCAGGUGCAGGCAAGAAGACGCGCAUCAUGUGCUUGCUGCGGGAGCUGUACGGGUCCGGCACCCAAAAGCUCAAGAUCGACCAGCGCGUAUUCCUCAACCCAAGCAAGCGGAAAAUUGACGUCAACAUCGUCAGUUCAAAUUACCACAUUGAACUGACACCAAGCGACGCUGGCGGAUAUGACCGAUUAGUCAUCCAGGAUAUUCUCAAGGAAAUCGCACAGACGCAGCAGGUUGACCAAGCAGCCAAGCACAGGUUCAAGGUCGUCAUCAUCAACGAGGCCGAUGCGCUUUCUCGCGAUGCCCAAUCCGCCUUGCGCCGCACGAUGGAGAAGUACAUGUCGAAUUUACGGCUGAUUCUCUGUGCAAACAGUACCUCGAAAAUCAUCGCGCCGAUCCGCUCGCGCUGCCUGCUCAUGCGCGUCGCGGCACCGACGCAAGUCGAGAUGGCGGCGGUGCUCAGGUUCGUCGCCAAGAAGGAGAAGUUCCACCUGCCGGACGACGUUGCUGGCGCCAUCUACGCGGACGCAAAGGGGAAUCUCAGGAAGGCCAUCUUGAUUCUCGAGGCACUGCGGAUGCAAUCCCUCGACCUCUCCGGCCUGCUCGACAUCGCGAAGCCAGAUUGGGAGACGUACACGCACCAGACAGCCGAGAUGAUCCUGAAGCAGCAGACACCAGAGCAGCUACUGGCUGUGCGCGGCAAGCUGUACGAGCUUCUCGUGCACGCAAUCCCUUCAACGCUCAUCCUCAAGACGCUCGUGAACCACCUCGUCACGCGCGUCGACGCGUCGCUCCAACCACAGAUCAUAGACAAAGCCGCGUUCUACCAGCUCCGGCUCCGGCAGGGCAACAAGGCCAUUCUCCACCUUGAGGCGUUUGUUGCGCAGGUAAUGGCAAUGCAGAAACAGCUUGUGAUGGGCUUUUAAUAUGCGAGCGGCAGUUGUACUUUCCAUUCUUGCAACACUAUCCAAUGACUCAAG